AGUGGUGGAAACUGGAAAGUAGAGGACAGCUCAUUGUCCAGACUCCAGACACAGACUCCACACCAACCUCUAUUACUCCUCUCCCCCACUCUCUCCUUCACAUAUAAAAAGCCAUCAUAUUCUCUCAUCAAUUCCCUGUAUCCCUCUCCACUUCUUCUCUGAAAAAAUGGUUUAUGGUAGACUCGGAUCCAAAGCGGCGUCGUUUCAACAAGACAAUGCGGCUGCCUCUGCUCUUCAGCAGCAGAGGCGGAGGCGGAGAUUGUGUAUUGUGGCAGUGUUGUCUGUCGUUUUGAUUGUGGCUGCUGUGGCGUCAACGGUGGCUUUGGUGGUUCGCCGGGAGGGAUCUGCGGCUGGAUCGGAUGGGAGGGUUCGUAGGAAGCCGACUCAGGCGAUCUCCCAUACUUGCAGCAGAACUCGGUUCCCCACUCUGUGUGUUGAUUCUCUGCUUGACUUCCCUGGCUCGCUCACCGCGGGCGAGCGCGACCUGGUCCACAUUUCGAUGAACAUGACCUUACAGCGGUUCGGGAAGGCGCUGUACGUGUCGUCGGAGAUCGCGAAUCUGCAGAUGGACACGCGCGUGAGAGCGGCCUACGAGGACUGCCUCGAGCUUCUGGAGGAGUCGGUGGAGCAGCUCUCGCGGUCACUGACCUCCGUCGCGGGAGGCGGCGAUGGUCAGGCCGUCGGAAGCACGCAGGACGUGCUGACGUGGCUGAGCGCUGCGAUGACGAACCAGGACACGUGUACCGAGGGUUUCGACGACGUGAGUGGAUUCGUGAAGGAUCAGAUGGUGGAGAAGCUCCGGGACCUGUCGGACCUGGUGAGCAACUGUCUCGCGAUAUUCGCCGCCAGCGGCGGCGAUAACGAUUUCGCGGGAGUGCCGAUACAGAACCGGAGGAGGAGGCUCAUGCAGGACUCCGAUAUUUCGGCGAAUCAGGAUAGUACCGGAUUUCCGAAAUGGCUGACUCGGAGGGAGAGAUCCUUACUGCAAAUGCCGGUUCCGGCAAUACAGGCCGAUAUUAUCGUUUCGCAAGAUGGAAACGGCACUUACAAGACGAUUACGGAGGCGAUUAAGAAGGCGCCUGAGUACAGUAGUCGCCGGACGAUUAUUUACGUGAAGGCGGGAAGGUACGAGGAGAAUAAUUUAAAGGUUGGGAGGAAGAAGACUAAUUUGAUGUUUAUAGGUGACGGGAAGGGCAAAACUAUAAUUACCGGUGGGAAGAGCGUCUUCAACAAUCUUACAACGUUCCACACCGCGUCCUUCGCUGCUACAGGAGCUGGUUUCAUUGCCAGAGACAUGACCUUUGAGAAUUGGGCUGGGCCAGGUAAGCACCAGGCCGUGGCACUCCGGGUCGGGGCCGACCAUGGUGUUGUCUACCGGUGCAACAUUAUUGGCUACCAGGACACCCUAUACGUGCACUCGCAACGUCAAUUCUUCCGAGAAUGUGACAUAUACGGAACCGUAGACUUCAUCUUUGGCAAUGCGGCCGUAGUUUUCCAAAACUGCAGCCUAUAUGCCCGAAAGCCCAUGGCCCAACAAAAGAACACAAUCACAGCCCAAAACCGAAAAGACCCUAACCAAAACACCGGAAUCUCAAUCCAUGCAUGCCGGAUUCUCCCCGCUGGCGACCUUGCACCAGUCAAGGGGAGCUUCCCAACGUACCUUGGGCGGCCGUGGAAGUUGUACUCGAGAACCGUGUACAUGCUUUCGUACAUGGGCGAUCACAUCCACCCUAAGGGUUGGCUAGAGUGGAAUACCACAUUUGCCUUGGACACACUUUACUACGGCGAGUACAUGAAUUAUGGGCCGGGCGGGGCCGUGGGCCAGCGCGUGAACUGGCCCGGGUACCGGGUCAUAACGUCGGUGGUGGAGGCGACGAAAUUCACCGUCGGACAGUUCAUUUACGGUUCGUCUUGGCUGCCGUCGACUGGCGUGGCCUUCUUGGCCGGCCUAUCGGUUUGAGUGAUACAAUGGUAUAGCAUCAAUAUAGUUUUACUGUUAGUAUUUUUUA